AUGGCACCAUCAAAACCCACUCAGGCGGCAUCGGUCGCCAUAUUCUGCCCGCAAAGCAAAGCACCAGACGCAGCAUACCUUGAACAACUUCGCACAUUUUUAAUACAACAACCUCAACUACGCAAGCUAGCGGCCGAUGUUCAGCGACUUGACGAAACAUGGGACAUUCUUGCAGCACGCAGACCCGGCAUUGCUGCGCUGCACCAAGGGCCCAAGUAUCUACGAGCUCUACACGAAUGGGUAGAAUCAGGUGUAUCGGGACCUGUAGCGGGCGCCAUGUCUGGAAUCCUUUCACUACCACUAUUGGUCAUUGUUCAGACAUGUCAAUAUUUCCAGUAUCUACGGUUGACAGGUUUGGCACACGCCGAAUUCCUCCAAGGUCUAGAGACUGGUGGUGCACAGGGAUACUGCGGUGGACUUCUACCUGCCAUGGCGAUUGCAUGCGCCAAGGACGAGGACGAGGUAGUGUACAUGGCAGGAAUUGCAAUGCGUAUUGCACUUGCAGUGGGUGCGUAUGGAGAACUGGGCGAUGAUGAAAACUUACCUGGUCCAACGACGAUUGUACUUCGUCUCCGACACGAGGGUCAAGGUGAUGAUAUAGUGAGAAAGUUUCCGGGUUCGUACGUUUCUGCCGUCACGGAUCCGAAGACAAUUAGUGUCGUGGGUCCAGUACCUACCCUCGAGAAAGUUACCGCGUACGCACGAGAAUUGGGCCUACAGGCUCAGGGAGUGCAUCUUAGGGGCAAGGUACACAAUCCUGAGAAUGCUGAACUUGCACGGGAGCUGUGCGAGUUAUGCGAUGAGAUCGAAAAUCUCAGACUGCCGCCUAGUACAGAGCUGCAGGUUCCAAUAUACUCCAACAUUACGGGACGGCAGCUUCAAGAUUGCUCACUCACACACGAAGCCGUUCUUACUAUAUUGGCGUCACGAUGCGAAUGGUGGACACUACUCGGCGAACUUGCAUCUGCACUCCAAUCAACAGGCGUCCAAUCACACACAUUCGCCAUGUUUGGCAUCGGCGAUUGCGUGCCACUGAUGCCUUUCCACCAGGCGAGGCUCAAGGUAUCUAAAAUCGACAUCCAUCGCACCAUUCGAGAAGCAGAGCUCAGUGAAUACACAUAUCCCGAAGAUGCCAUUGCUAUUGUGGGAGCUGCUUGUCGACUUCCUGGCGCCAAUGAUAUGGAAGAGCUCUGGGAUCUUUUGGCGGGUGGUGUUUCCAAAGCAGAAGGGAUUCGACCCGAUCGUAUACCGCUACAUGCAAGCUUCAGAGCUUCGCAGGAUCAGAAGUUCACAAGCAAGCGCAAGUUCUUUGGAAACUUUGUCGAUGGGGUUGAUGGCUUCGACCACACCUUUUUCCGCACCAAUCCAAAGGAGGCUGCUAACAUGGAUCCGCAGCAGCGCGUCUUGCUAGAGCUGGCCUACCAGGCCAUGGAUUCGAGCGGAUACCUCAGGUCGCACAAGCGUGAGAACGGGGACAACAUAGGUUGUUUCAUUGGCGCCUCUUUCAACGAAUACCUUGACAACACUUCGGCACAUGCCCCAACGGCCUAUACAUCGACCGGCACGAUUCGAGCCUUCCUGUGUGGCAAAAUCAGCUACUACUUUGGAUGGAGCGGGCCGGCCGAAGUUAUUGAUACUGCGUGCUCGGCUUCGCUUGUGGCGAUCAACCGUGCAUGCCGGGCGGUUCUAAGUGGAGAAUGCGCACAGGCAUUAGCAGGAGGCAUCAACAUCAUGUCUGGUAUCAACAACUUUAUGGAUUUGGGCAAAGCUGGCUUCCUGAGCCCCACAGGGCAGUGCAAACCGUUUGACAAGAAUGCCGAUGGCUACUGUCGUGCCGACGGAGGAGGCCUUGUAGUUCUCAAGUUGUUGCGGCAUGCACGAGCCGAUGGGGAUAACAUUCUUGGUGUCAUCCCUGGCAUCGCGACAAACCAAGGUGGACUCUCUGCUUCAAUCACAGUGCCCCAUUCACCGGCGCAAAUGACACUGUACCGGCGCAUUCUCAAGCAAGCAGCGAUGAAGCCAGAGCAGGUCUCGUACGUGGAAUGCCAUGGCACAGGCACGCAGGCGGGUGACCCGCUGGAGAUAGCGUCAGUGCGUGAGGUGUUUUGUGGAGGCGACCGGCAAGGCAAUCUGCACCUAGGUUCUCUCAAAGGCAACAUUGGCCAUUGUGAGACGGCAGCGGGAGUAGCGUCGCUACUCAAGGUGCUCGCCAUGUUGCAGAAGCAACAGAUUCCGCCGCUUGCCAGCUUCAAGUCUCUCAAUCCUAAGAUUCCUGCUUUGGCACCAGACAAGAUGGCUGUCGCCAAGCAGGUGGAAACAUGGGACGCACCUCUGCGUGCUGCAUGUGUCAACAGCUAUGGCGCUGCUGGAAGUAACGCGGCGCUGCUGUGUGUGGAAAUGAAGUGCAAGGGUGCUGGGGCAACUGGGGAAGGUGCGGCAGCAGCCAGUGCGACUGCAUGGCCCAUUGUCAUCAGCGCAGCCAGCAAAGAGUCUUUGACGCGAUACUGCCAGGCCUUGGACGCAUUUUUGGCAAAGAAGAUGGACGUAGUGCUCGGUGACUUGAGCUUCACGCUGGCGGAGCGGAGGCAGCGCCAUCGGUUCCAGCUUGUGACGACAGUGUCGGACGUGAGCAGUCUUGGACGAGUGUUGACAAGCGGCCAAGUCGAGACAAGCAUGCUUGACGUGGCGAAUGCUGCACGCCCUGUGGUUCUGGCAUUUGGGGGACAGAGCAAGCGGGUAGUGGGGCUGGACAGAGGACUGUAUGAGAGCAGCCCCAGGCUCCGGGCGUACAUUGACGAGUGCAACACCAUGCUCGCUGACAUGGGAUACCCGAGCAUUGUGCCGGCAAUCUUGUCGUCGGAACCGCUCGACGAUGUAGUUGUGCUGCAAACGGGAACAUUUGCGGUGCAAUAUGCGUGCGCGAAAUGCUGGACCGACGCAGGAGUGCGGGUCGAGGCCGUUGUUGGACACAGCUUUGGAGAGCUCACGGCGCUCGCCUUUUCGGGCGCGCUCAGUCUUCGAAGCGGACUCAAGAUGGUGGCGGCGCGGGCUCAGCUCAUGGCGACCAAGUGGGGUGAAGAGCGAGGGACAAUGCUGGCCAUACACGCGACCCGCGACGUCGUGGAGCAGGUUAUGUCCAAGGUGGACGGUGGCGAGCUCGAGGUUGCGUGCUACAACGCCGUUGGCAGCCAGGUGGUGGUGGGCUCUGCCUCGGCUGUGGCGCGGGCUGAGGCGGUGCUCUCGGGUGAGGCGCACUUUGCCAGUGUGCGCAGCCAGCGCGUCGACGUGACGCAUGGCUUCCACAGUGCCUUCACCGAGCCGCUGCUCGACGAGCUGGCGGGCGUGGCGGCAUCGCUGGCCUUUGGGGAGCCCCGGAUCCCGCUGGAGAUGUGUGUGCCCGACGAAUGUGCACAGCAGAGCCCGGGGCCGCUUCGCAUUGCCCAGCACACGCGCCAGCCCGUCUACUUUGUCGACGCCGUCCGCCGCAUCGAAGCACGCCUGGGCCCGCGGUGCCUGUGGCUCGAAGCGGGCACCGACUCGCCCAUCAUCCCCAUGGCCAAGCGUGCCGUGGCCCAACCCGCCCAGCACGUCUUUGUCGGCCUGCGCCUUGCGGGUGCACAGCAUUCGGCGCGUGUGCUGGCCGAGGCUACCGCUGCCUUGUGGCGCGAGGGAGUCGACGUCUCCUUCUGGCCUCACCUGGGCGGGCCCGCUGAGUCAGGGCUGAGUCACAUCUACCUCCCCCCCUACGAGUUCGUCCGCACCCCCCACUGGCUCCCCAACAUUGACCGUGCCGCCGAAGCCUGCGCCCGCGCCCACCACGAUACCGUCGUGAAGCCCGCAAUCCAGCCAGAGAAGCUCCAGACGCUGCUCGUCACUCCUCAGCAGCCCGGCUCCCUGGCCUUCACCGUCAACAUUGCGUCGAAGCGCUUUCGCGACAUUGUCAGCGGCCAUGCAGUGCGUGCUCGUCCCCUCUGUCCAGCCUCCAUGUACAUGGAGUGUGCCGUCAUGGCCCUCCAGUGCCACCUGGGCUCUCGUUUCAACAAGGCCUGGGCCCUUUCCUUUGAGAAGCUGAGCUUCGAACAUGCCCUGGGCGUUGACCCGAAUCGCGACGUGUCCGUUGUGCUGAGUGAUGCUGGUGAGCCUGGCCUGUGGACCUUCCAACUGCGCAGCGCCCCCAAAUCGUCCACCACGUCCCGCUUCUCUACACACGGCCGUGGUAAGAUCCGGCUCGCCAGUCCCCCGCCCCUGCACACAUACAAACACCUUGUCGCUGAGCGCAUCCAGCAUGUCUCCAACAAGCCGGGCACAGAAACUCUCUUGUCCAAACGCGCAUAUGGCUUGUUCUCACAGGUCGUCACCUAUGCGCCCCUGAUGCGCGGUAUCCAGUCCAUCACCAUGGACGGCACUCGGGCCGUGGCCGCCAUCAAAGUCCCAUCUCCCCCAGUCGCUCCCGAUGAAAGCUCUGCCAUUGCGCUUUGUGACACAGUCUCGAUAGACACCUUCAUCCAGGUCGUCGGUCUCCUCAUCAACAGCAGUGACGCCUGUAUCCCUGACCAUGUCUUUGUCGCCACUGGCCUCGACAGUGCUACCCUCUCCCAAGCCUGUGACUUUACUGCCGCCGACUCAUGGACCGUGUAUGCUGUCUUUAGGUCUACUAGUGACACAACAGCCACGGGCGAUGUCUUUGUCAUGACCCCUGACGGCACUGUAGCCUUGACCAUCAUGGACGUCGCCUUCACCCGACUGCCCAUAGCAACCUUAGAGAGGCUAUUGGACACAGCAAACUCUGCCCCUACUUCCCGUACGAAUGCUGCUCCCCGAAAGCACUCUGCUCCCCAAAAGCAUGCUUCGACGGCAGUUCCAAGUCGACACGCUGUGCCUGAUUUGAUUGCACCAGACGAAUCUCCCGCGCACAGUUAUUCUGAGAGCGAGGGCAGUGUCGCAACCCCACCUAGUGAGCAAGACGACAGUAGUCUGCGCAAGAUGAUUGCCAUGUACACCGGCGUGUCAGUAGAUUCCAUUGCUGCACAAGCUACCAUGGCAGAUUUGGGCGUCGACUCUCUAGCCGCUGUUGAAUUUGCCGAGGACCUGCGCUCGCAAUUCGGCAAGGACAUUGAGUCGACCCAUCUCCUUGCCAGCACGCUCAAUGCUUUAUCACAGCUUGUCCUGACCUCGGUCUCAAAGCCGCAGCCAAAGAUCAAAUCGGCCAAAGCUCAUGUUGUCCAAAUGGAUCCUCUUCCACAAGUCCACGCGGCUGCAAGUAGCGCUGGUCGGCAGCGCCUUCUGAAAAUCAUCUCGGACACUUGCGGUGCUCCCCCUUCGGAUAUCAAAAAUUCGCACACGCUUCGCGAUCUGGGUGUUGACUCCCUGGCCUCAGUAGAGCUGAGCAGUGACCUUGAAAAUGCCUUUUCUGUUCAAAUUGACGAGAACGAUUUGCAUCUCGACUCCACUGUGGCAGACAUUGUCAAUUAUCUCGGAAUUGGCAACGAGAGCGAGCAAAUCACACCAGCCAUGCAGGCGCCGAUGCCAACUUCCAUUUCCCUACAAGCAACCCAUUCUUACUCUCCGACCCCGGCGGCAGCCCCUCAAGGCGAAUCGAAUGCCAUCCACCAGCGCGUAGUCCAGAUCAUAUCCGAUGCAUGUGGAGCACCAACAGAGGAUAUAAGCGGAGACGAUUUGCUUCGGGACUUGGGUGUCGACUCACUGGCAGCGAUGGAGCUGAAGAGUGAGCUUGAGGACGAGUUCAAUGUCGAGCUAGACGACAACCUCUUAGACUUGUCCGUCUCAGAAAUUGUCAAGAGCUGUGGAGGCGCUCUCACAGCCUCCGUCGAUGUCCCAACCACAUCUGUUAGCACACCCACCAGUCGACCUCCGACAUCCAAACCAGCCAUCCCUAAUUCCCCAAAGGUCCCUGCUGAUAUGGUAAAUCCCUUUGACUCUCUUAUCAACAGUGAGAGGGACUAUGCUGCCAAGGCGAGGAAAUGCGGGUUUCUAGACUUCAAUACUAAAGUGUCUUCCCGCCAAGACGAGCUCAUGCUGGCUUACAUUGUCGAAGCCUUCGUAGAGCUCGGCAUCGACCUGCGGAAAUUAAAAGAGGGCACUCCAUUGCCACCGCUUGCUUAUAGAAGCAAGAACGCUUACGAUCGAUUGAUGCAGAGAAUCUGGGUCAUCUUGGGCAAACAUGGAUUGGUAAACACAGUAGGCACAUCACGGCACGUAAGAGGAGCUGCCACAUGUCCGCAAAGCACUUCAGAAGAGCUCCUUGAGAGGGUGCGGCAAGAUUUCCCAGCUUACAAAUGCGAGUUUUCGUUGAUGAACGUGACUGGAUCCCAACUCGGGCAGUGCCUCGCCGGAAAGCAAGAUCCGAUCGCUCUCAUGUUCAAAACACAGGACGCGCAAGCCAUUAUGGAGGACUUUUACCUCAACUCCCCGAUGCUUGCCACUGCCACGGAGAUGCUUGUGGAUACCAUCGUCGACGCUGUUUCCAAGUCCAAAAUAAACAACCCCGUCAACAUUUUGGAGAUUGGUGCUGGCUUCGGCGGGACAACAAGAAAGCUUGUACAAAGUCUAAAUAGAUUGGGUAGGCCCGUCAACUACACCUUCACUGACAUCUCUCCCACGCUUGUCGGCCGCGCACUCAAAGUGUUUUCCGACCAAUAUCCAUGGCUACAAUUCCAAACUUGGAACAUGGAACAAACACCUCCCAGCGCCCUCUGCGCAACAGGGCCGUUCGACAUCGUCAUUGGCACGAAUUGUGUGCAUGCUACUCAGGAUCGCACAUUGACACUCAAUCGUCUGAAGCAGCUGCUCCACCCCACAGGCUUUGUCGUUCUUUCAGAGGUCACAGAGAUCGUCGAUUGGUAUGACAUCGCCUAUGGCCUGCUAGACGGUUGGUGGUCCGACAAGGAUGGCUGCUAUCCGCUUCAGCCUGCUGAAACUUGGAUGAGAUGUUUCAAGGACGCUGGAUUUGCUGUUGCGUCUUACUCGCAGGGUCCGAGUGCGGAUCUGAACAUACAAAAAUUGCUCAUUGCAAGCAUGAGAAACGACGUAGAAGCACCGAAGCGUGCGCCUCUACGACAGAAGUUGGAAACAGUUGUCUACAAAACGGUCGAUGGUGUGGACAUCCACGCCGACGUUUUCUUUCCACAGCAGCCGCCUGCCACCGCCAUGCCUCUUGCUCUCAUGAUUCACGGUGGUGGUCACAUGACUCUUUCUCGCAAGGCAGUUCGACCCGCGCAAACAAACUUUCUGCUUGAAAAUGGUGUCUUGCCAGUCAGCAUAGACCACCGACUCUGUCCAGAAGUUAACAUCAUCGAUGGUCCUAUCACCGACACUCUGGAUGCAUACAAAUGGAUGACAACCGCCUUGCCCAAUCUAGCUCGAGCAAAGGGCAUUAUAGUCGACCCUGAACGGGUUGUAGUCAUUGGCUGGUCCACCGGAGGCCAUCUUGCCAUGACAACUGCGUGGACGGCCAAGUCUGCUAGUGUGAGGCUACCACGUGCCAUUCUGAGCUUCUAUUGUCCCACGGACUUUGAGUCUGGAGAUUUGGACAAGCGCCGGGCUGAAGAGUAUCCGGAGAGAACAAUGAAGCUGAAAGACAUAAUCAAGGCACUGCCGAAGAAACCCCUCACACAAUACGACGGCAAUGGAACUGAUACUACUGGCUUAGGCUGGGUCCGUCCGGGAGACCCCCGCUCCGAGCUUGUUUUGUCGCUUUUCAAAGAGGGCAAUGGCCUCCCUCUUCUUCUAAACGGCCUUCCUAAAGCCAGCAGUGACGAGGAUGACUCUGAGGAAGACGACUCUGAGGAAGAUUCUGAAGACAGCGACGAAGAUGACGUUGAGGAUGAUGAUGCCUGGCUACACACCCCAGAUCCUGAGCGCGUGGCAGCCAUCAGUCCGCUCGCGCAGCUACGGCGCGGCAAUUACACUGUCCCGACUUUUGUCAUCCAUGGUACAAAUGACGAGAUUGUACCUUAUCAUACUGCUGUUGCGUUUGUUGACGCUUUGGGCAAAGCUGGCAUCGAAGGACAGCUGCUUACGGUCCAGGGAGCCAGGCAUAUUCAUGAUGUCACAUUGAAGCCCGGCACUAAAAGGUGGGAUGAAACGGUUGCGCCAGGUUAUGAGUUUCUCUUCGAGAAGCUGAGAUGCUGA